CGACGUGCCUAACGAUUGGCCAAUGACGGACAGGCAAAAUUACCCCCCGGCGUCUUGCGUACCUGGCUGCUUUUCUAUCCCGGUUCGACUCCUUCGCCUGACCUACCGUCCCAGGCAAUCCGUAGAUGAAGUUGCGCUCGUCAAGGAUAGCCUCUGCGCGAAGCUGAAACCAGAGCGCUGAGAGGAGGAAGAUGCGGAGAUUCUUCCCAGUCAGAAGCUGCGCAUUUGGGAGCCUCCGCAGCCAAAGGCCCAAGUGCUUUAGCGCCGUCGCUGGCAAUGCGGGACAGGUGCUGCAAGCAAAAGUCCGCUGUGGCUUGUCCGGCGAAAUCACCGUCGAUCUGCACAACCCCGCCAAGAUAUUGACGCCAGAUCCCUUGAUGAUCUAUCUGCCGCCGUAUUCGAUAGCCAGCUCCAAACAGCCGGCGGAGCUGCCCAAGUUCAUCCGGGGCCAGCCGACAGUGGUGAUCAACUACCGCUGGGCCGGGUUCGUCCGGUCCUCCGCGAGGGACUUCCCGCGCUGGGAAAAGGCACAACCGAACCAGGAUCGGAAUCUCCGUUGGCCGACCCCUAUCCACGACACCACGAUUGCGUACAACUGGAUCCUCGAGAACCUGACCGCCGGUGACCAACCCCGCGAGAUAUACGUCUGCGGCUCGUACCUCGGCGCGACGCUGGCGGCGUCGCUGGCCCUAACCGAGACCUACCCCGAGGAGCGGAUGAGCAUCCGGGGAUGCGUCGCGUACAACGGCAUCUACAACUGGACUAGCUUCUUCCCGGGACACCCUCUGAAUUUCAGGUCGCAUCCCGGCCCCGAGGACGAAGAGUGGAAGACGGACUCUAGCUUCGACGAGCUGGGGCGGCAGGCGAAGAAGCUUUUCGGGAUACCCGGCGACCUAUUCGACCCGUUCGCGAGCCCGUACUACUUCUUCCACCGCCCAAAAUUUGCUGUACCCAAGUCCUUCACCGGCGAGCUGGCCGAGCUGGAAGAACGACCCCAGCAGAAGAGGGGAUCGACAAAGUUGGCAUCGUGGAAGCAAGUCAACUUCCCGCCGCCGGAGGCGGAGCAGGAAAGCUCGCGGCGCUCGCGGUUGAGGAUCCCCGAGAUGCUGCUAAUGCACUCGGCGCCGCCGCCGUCUGAGCGCUUGAUUCGGGAGUACUGGCCCGGCGAUAGGGGCAACUGCUUCAUGACGCAGGCGGAGGACCUCGGCAUGUCGGUGAAGAGGGGCGCCUAUCAUAACGAGAAUAAGGAACACGCCUCGUCCUUGUUUGAUGGAGAUACGGAGAGGGACGAGUGGAUGGAAGGGCUGCAUAAGCGGGUCAGUAUUCGCGAUGUUGGAGGUCACGGCAAGAACCUGAGCCUCAGCCCGAAAGCCGAAUUUUUGGCCAGGGAUUGGAUCCAAGACCGCAUGCCUGCGUAACCCGCCAAUUCAGUCAGAUCCGUGAGCCUUCCGCGAGCAGUUUCUGCCGAGCGAGCGAGCGCCCUACUCUGGCCACCGGGGAAACCUAGAAGGCAUCCUGCCUCUUGCCUCUCUCUAUCGAACCCUGUGGCACUUGUGCCUCGGUCCGGUACCGAGGCUUCUGCUUGUAGAAACGUGUAACCAUACCUAAGUAGUUGUAAUAAAACCAUCGAAUCCAUGUAUUGAACACGGAAGGGCGACACUGCUAGGAAACGAGAGAAGGGGGGGUUGAAUUGAGCGCGGCCCUGUGGGUUGCAGCGCGGAGGCUUCAGCUUCCUCCCG